CUUUGCAAAGUUAAAAACAGACUUUGUUUAUCUUGCAGGCUGUUUGCUGAAAUGCCUUCCGACUAGUUUACCUGCGCUCCUUCCCCACUCCGUUUAAUUCUUUUACUCUUCCCAGCCGGAAACGCUGAGAGGAGUGUUAAACUCGUGCAUUUAUCUCCUUCACUCCUCAGCAUUUCUGUCUCUUUGUAAUUCAAUUUCAUCAAUUUUUUUUGUUCUCCUCAGCUGAGACCGUGCAGCACGAAGACAAGCGACAGAAGGACUUCAGUUUUUUCCUCAUACAUCACGUGCCAUUUGUCAAAAGACUGUGUUAUAAGACAUAGCUCGCUCUGCAGACGUUUGAUUUGCAGUUUUUGGGGGGAUUUGAAGGCAGGAGGAGAGCACGGUGAGGAUUUUUUUUUUUAAUCGAGCAUUUGGAGAGUGCCAUGGCGACCGAAGUGGAUACGUGGUCCAACGCUCCUCAGGCCGACGGGAUGUUCUCCUUCGAUGAGAACCUGCCAGAGGCGAACCGUCCCUACAGCGAUGACGACGACGUGUUGAACGAGGCCGAGGUGAAUGGUAACUGGACGCCCCAGGAGAAAGCUCUCCACGAGGCGCGGCUCAAAGCCAAAGCCAAGCGUCGUCUGCGCAAGUCCUCAUCCCGCAACUCGACCAGCGAAUCCAUCUCUGAGUCGGGAGAGUUGGCGGGAGGUGACCCACACAGUCCCAAAGGCAAAGUCAACACCAACGACCGCAAAUCCAGGACGGGCAAGGGCAGAGGACUGCCAAAGAAAGGUGGGGCAGGUGGUAAAGGAGUCUGGGGGGCUGCUGGGAUGGUUUAUGAAGAUGAGGAGCCUGAUGUACGGGACCCCAACUAUGAUGAAUCUGCCCAGGGGGACACAGUUUAUGCAACAGUUGUCCCGGAGGUGGAUGAGAAGGAACUGGAAAAAAUGGUCAACCCAAUUGUGCAGGAGUACUUUGAACAUGGAGACACAAAAGAGGUCCAGAUGUUGCUGAAGGAGCUCAACCUGGGCCCCCAUAAAUAUGAGUUCUCCUCCCUGGCCGUGUCCCUGUCCCUGGAAGGAAAGGCCAGCCACAGAGAGCUGACCUCCCGCCUGCUCUCUGAUCUGUCGGGCAAGCUGCUGUCACAAAGUGACAUGGCCCGAGCUUUUGACAAGAUGCUGAAAGAGCUGCCAGACCUCAUACUGGACACGCCUGAGGCUCCACAGAUGUUAGGCCAGUUCAUAGCCAGAGCCAUAGCGGACCACGUCCUCCCCAUGUCUUUCCUGGACUGUUACAAGGGCAAAGUGGACUGUGAUCAUGCCAGAGUGGCUUUGGACCGUGCUGCAGUGCUGCUGACCAUGAAGAGGGAGAUGGUUCGUUUAGAUAAUGUGUGGGGUGUGGGCGGAGGCCUGAGACCCGUCAAACAUCUUGUCAAAGAGAUGAACCUUCUGCUCAAGGAGUACCUGAUAUCAGGAGAUGUGUCGGAGGCAGAGCACUGUCUGCGGGACCUUGAAGUCCCUCACUUCCACCAUGAGCUGGUCUAUGAGGCUAUAGUGAUGGUGCUGGAGUCGAAGGGGGACACUGCCAGUCAUAUGAUGAUAAAGCUGCUGCAGUCCUUCUGGAAAACAGGUCUCAUCACUGUGGAUCAGAUGAACAGGGGUUUCCAGCGUGUCUAUGACGAACUCCCUGAAAUCAGCCUUGAUGUCCCACAUGCUCACUCCAUCAUGGAAACCUUUGUGGACCUCUGCUACCAGGAGUCUGUCAUCACCAAACAGCUGAGGGAUGCUUGUCCCUCCAGAGGGCGAAAGCGUUUCGUAAGCGAAGGAGAUGGAGGAGUGAUCAAGAACUAAUCCACCAGAGGAAGAGGAACAGCAGCAGGAGGAAAAGGAAGGGUGUCUACAGGUUCCUAACACCCUGUUUCAGCUCCAGCAUGUUUUCCUGAAAUCAGCCAUGCUAGCAGUCUAAAGUUUCCCUGUUCCCCUCCUGAUAAGGUUGUCAUCACACAAACCAGCGUUGACGUUCGGUGAAAGUAGACUGAAGAGUGGCCUGGGCGUUCAGUUCCCUUCAUCUUGUUCAUCACUGUUUUUGACAUUUUUGUAAGAAAAUUCUUUAUUUCUGGGGUUUGAUGGGCCCUUCUUGCCUCAGUCUUUGUACCUGUUUGUCAAGAAUAUUGAGAGCCAGAGCUGCAGACGACAGACAGGUGGACAGGUUGGGUUUUGUGGGAGAUGAGUUUUGGGUGGUUUGUCUCUUGCUUUGCUUCACCUGUUGCCACAUCUCCAUUUUUUUCCAUGUUAUGCGAUAUAAAUGAAAAAAAGCACUUAAAAGACGGAGUAUACUGUACAGUCAGCAAGCACUUAGUAAUUUAGCUCAACAAUAAGGAUCUAAACUUUUUUUAUUUUUCAAACAUGAUUUGACAUUAUUUCAAGGACACCAAGCUUUGUAUCUUCUGGUUCCAGUGGCUUUAUUGAUCCCUCAUGAACAGGAUUUUUUGUUCUUUUUUUUUUUUUUUUUAAAUCCUUGUCUCUGAGGCCACAUCUUCACUUUGUAAAGCACAGCAAUCAAAGCAAGAGGUGUUUGAGCUCUUGUUUGGGUGUUUAAUUGCAUAAGGGCAAAUAUACUUUUGAAGCCCUUUAUGAAAAUAAGAAUAAAUCUGGGUUAACGUUUGUAAAAAAAAUAACUGAACAAGCAAUUUUUUGAGCAUUAAGACUUGUAAUUAAUGUAUCUUCUGGACAGGUAACCUUAAAAUACAAAGCCAGACUUCCUCUAGAAAACAGAAUUAAUCUGGAAAUUGUCUUUAAGCUCGGAAUCUGUUUAAUACAUCUGUGAAAAGACAACCCUGACAUGUUGGGUGUAUUCAGAUUGUUUUUGCCACUGUCUGUUAAAGUUUUCCAUGUUGACCAGAGUUAAAGAUGUGGAUAAGAAAUAUAUUUCAUUAAUUAAAAAAAGGCAACAAAA